UGCCUCACCACUCCAAAGCAACAGACGUGUGCGCCAGCCAGCCAACAAAAGUUAGCAUUGAAAGCAUUCAGCAAAGAAAUAAAACAACUCUUGCUAAUUCCAAUUCCUAAUCACGAGUGAGAGAAAGAGAGAGAGUGUGUGAUUGUCUUUAGUCAAUGAAUAAAAUGUAUCCAGUUGCUGCCGCUGCACAAAUGCUGCGCCUGCGCAGCGUUGCCAACGCAUUUGGAGGUGCAACCGUUCGCAGCAUAACAACGAAUCGGCGUCAGCACAACACGGCGAACGCUGAGCGUGCUCAAAGCAUCAAUGACAGAGACAAGUUUCUGCAUUACAACGCCGACGAUGGCUUUUACAAAACAUCGCCCUACGAUUCCAUCCAAGUGCCGAAUUUGCCACUGCACGAGUACGUCUGGCGCGACUUCAAGAAGUGGGAGAACAACACGGCAGCGGUGUGCGUCAUAACGGACCGUCAAUAUACGUUCGCCCAGAUGCGAGAUGCGAGUGCCGCGUUUGCUGUCCGUCUGCAGACCAAGUUCAAGAUGUUCAAGCCCGACGUUCUGGCCGUUUGCCUGCCAAAUAUGCCAGAGUAUCCGAUUGCAGCCCUGGGUGCCAUCGAGGCUGGUCUGACAGUGACCACAAUCAAUCCCAUCUAUACGCCAGAUGAGAUUGCGCGCCAGCUGACAUUCAGCAAUGCCAAGUUCUUGGUGGGCAGUGCCCAGCGGUAUCAGACGCUGCUUGAGGCAUGCAACUUGGCCGGCAAGCAGAUGCCCAUCGCUGUGGUGCGCAGCACAAUGGAUGAGGCACUGCCGGCGGGUGCCAUUGAUUUCUUCGAGGUGAUGAGCACCGAGAAUGUGCGUUACGAUGAGCUACGCACGCCCAAGGAUACCACCGCCGAUGAUAUGGUCUUUCUGCCCUUCUCAUCGGGCACGACGGGUCUGCCCAAGGGCGUUGUUCUCACCCACAACAAUGUGAGCUCUAACUGUGAACAGAUUCAGGAAGCGUUGCCCAUCAAUUCGCUGGAUCGCCAGGAUACGCUGCCAGCGGUUCUGCCCUUCUUUCACAUCUACGGUCUCACCGUCAUCAUGCUGUCCAAACUGGGACAGGGCGCCCGCAUCGCGACGAUGCCAGCGUUCAAGCCCGAUGAUUUUAUCAAGUCCCUGGAUACGUACAAUGGCAGUGUUCUCAAUCUGGUGCCUCCCAUCGCACUAUUUAUGAUCAACCAUCCGAAGCUGACGCAGGAAACGGCGAAAUCGCUGCGCGUCGUCAUGUCCGGCGCUGCACCAAUUGGCCAGCAUGACGUCGAACGCUUCCUAAAGAAAUUCCCCAACGUGCGUUUCAUGCAGGGCUACGGCAUGACGGAGGCAUCACCGGUUGUGUUGAUGACGCCCAUUGGCAACACACGUUUGGCGUCUACGGGCGUAUUGCCGGGCAGCACCGAGGCGAAAAUUGUGCCAAUCGAUGCUACCGAUAGAAAGGGAGUGGGUGCUCGCACCACCGGCGAGCUGUGCGUGCGGGGGCCCCAGGUGAUGUCCGGCUAUCUCAACAAUAAGGAGGCCAACGAUGUUACCUUCUAUCCGGGCAACUGGCUGCGUACCGGCGAUGUGGCGUUCUUCGAUGAGGAUGGCUACUUUUACAUAACGGAUCGCAUGAAGGAGCUGAUCAAGGUCAAGGGCUUCCAAGUGCCGCCCGCUGAGCUAGAGGCUGUGCUGCGCGAUCAUCCCAAGAUCCUUGAGGCGGCCGUCUUUGGCAUUCCACAUGAGCUGAACGGCGAGGCGCCGCGCGCCAUUGUCGUCCUGCGCGAGAACGAGACGGCAACGGCCGAAGAGAUUGCCGAAUAUGUGGCCGAGCGUGUGGCGCACUACAAGAAGCUCGAAGGCGGCGUCAUCUUUGUCGAUGAGGUGCCCAAGAAUCCGACAGGCAAAAUUCUGCGCAAGGAUCUCAAAGAGAAGUAUUCGGACUGAGACAGCCAAAACUUUCCCCACCCAAAAAAAAAGAAAAAGAAAAGAACAAAAACUUGUCUUUAAUCAAUAAUUAUACACGUAAUUCCGGAUAUACUUUUUUUCAUCUUUAAAUUGUAAUUUUUUUUUUUUUUUUUUGUGUAAAUUCUAACUAGCUCUUUGCGGGCCUUGUGAGCAUUGCAUUUAGACGAGUGGCCCUCCGGAUGGCUACUACAAUAGCGAUUAGCGAUUAGCGAGUAGAGAGUAGCGAGUAGCGAAUAGUCUUAGGCAUUAUAGUCACUGGAUUGGUCCAUAGUUUGUAAGUUUUUAAGUGUCGUAGGCAUAUUUAGACUCGUGGCUUAGUUUUGUGUGCACAGCAUCCAAGAUGUGUGUGUGUGUGUGUGUGUGUGUAUGCCCAACUUGCAGCAGAAUAUACAAAGAUAGUCGUUGCAUGGGCAUACACAUACACACAUACAUAUAUUA